UCUUGACUACAAAUCAAUGCUUUCUUUGAAGCUUGGGGUGACCUUGUGCCAUGGGAUGUCCAAAAAGGGCCAAUGUUGUAUUUUUGUCCUUUCUGGGUUUUCUGACACUCUUUGGCUUCAGAACGGUGAUCACCAUAGUAAUGGUCUACGUCAUCAAAGACAAUGACAACGAUAGGGUUGGCCUCUUUAAGGAGUGCACUAUAAAUGGUACAGAGUUUGACCUACAAUUGGACUGGAGUGUAGCCACUUCUCAGUACUUUAACACUGCCUAUUUUGUGGGUUACGUAAUCACUCAACUGCCAGGAGGAUUUUUGGCUGUCCGAUUCUCUCCAACAAAGUUGUUCGGUGGAGCAAUUUUUAUCAGUGGAUCUUGUUUCGUGGUCCUAGCAUUUUUCAUGAAGUACAGUCCAAUAAUAGUUUUCGUGAUCAGAUUUAUUCAAGGACUGGCAGAGGGUGUGAGUCAACCUGCAAUGAGUUCCGUGGUUUCCGCUUGGGCUCCAAAGUCAGAACGAACUAGGAUAGUAGGAAUCUCAUUCUCAGGAAUCUACCUAAGUACCUCACUGGCCUCUGUCAUAGCGGGGGCUACCACUUGUUAUGUUAGCUGGCACGCAGGACUUUUCAUCUACGGAGGUUCGGGUAUUCUUUGGUCAUUUGUUUGGUUUUGUACGGUAUACGAUAGUCCCAUGAUGCAUCCAUCAUUAAGCGAAAAAGAGAGGCGCAUCUUCGACGAAGAAGGUUCAAAUGUGACUAUAGCAUCGGCCCAUGUGGCUAAAAACAUACCUUGGAGAAAAAUCUUGACGUCAGUGCCGGUGUGGGCCUUAUUCCUUGCCAAUUUUACCCGAUCAUGGGUGUUUGCCAUGAUCAUUACUGAGAUACCCCAGUAUUACGCCGAUGCGUAUGCCUUAAAUGUUGCAACGAUUGGAUUUUUGACAUCAUUCCCGUCAAUUUUAAUGACAUUUUCUGUGGUUUUGGGAGGCAUCAUUACUGACAAAAUGAUUAAAGAAAAGAAAGUGUCCACUACUCUUGGUCGAAAAUUAUCCAUGGUCAUAGGUUUUGGAUCAGAAGCCAUGUGUGUAUUAGCUUUGGGUUUUGUCAGAGAUUACAGAACUGCCUCAGCUAUAAUCAUCCUUGCUGAAGGACUCGCAGGAUUCUCUACAGCAGGAUUUAAAGUAAACACGGUAGACUUGGCUCCACAGUACGCCAGUGUUCUGACGGGGAUCGUGAGGUCUGGAGUACUAGGCGCCACCAUUAGCACAGCGAUAGCCGGAACCCUCAGACAUAAGGACGUUCAAUCUUGGCAGAGAAUUUUCUUUAUCACCGGAUCUUUACACUUGUUUUCUGUGAUAUUUUAUUCUGUUUUUGGAUCCGGACAACAACAAGAAUGGGCCCAGACAGCAUAUACUACACUAGUGACUCCAAAAGAGGAAUCAAAAUUGACAUAUGGUUCUACACACACAACACAGGAGAAAAAAAGUUCUGAUCUUACAGGAAUCGUUUAUAAUUUUAAUGAAGAAAUACAGAAUGACAACACAUCAAAAGAUAUUACAAACAGUAAACUAGCAGUACAGCGUCUCAUUAAACCAUAAAGGUUUAAGGGCGCUUUUUACGUAGAUCAAACGUGUUUCUUUUACAUUAAGGAUGGAUUCUGGUCAGGCUUCUGACUGAAUAAACUACUAAAGUAUAUUUGCAUAAAUGUCCUUAUAUAGAGAUGUUAGGAAUAAACCGUGGAAUCAUUUUUUAAAUUUGUGGAGGUCUGUGUUCAUGGGCAAGAAAAAGAAAAUUAUUGGUUCGUGGAACGUAAUUGCAUGGGUAACUCGUAUAUAUUAAAAACCAAUAAAAAAUGUUGACAAAAUAAUUGGAUGGAAAUUCGUGGGUAAGGGUGACCCACGAAUCCAUGAACAUUGCCCCCCCCCCCCCCCCCCCCCCACGAACAAUGAUGAUUCCAUAGUUUAAGAUAAUAUUUGUCUUUCCUUCCUACAACUGUACUACUUGACAUAGAAGAAAAAUAAACAGAGAUGAAAAUGUA